UGCCGCCGACGGCGUACGCACACCUUCCUGCCGUCUCACUCACCACUCUCCUCGCCGUUCGCCACCGUCUUUCUUCAUCAAUCUGCAAUCGUUAACAAUGAUACGUCGCUUAUUGCCUCGCAUUCCACUUUUCAGGGUGUCUGCACCCAUUCUUCCGAUGACGACCAGGCUUGCAGUGCGCUCGAUGCCUUCGACGCCGUCAAUAAGCCCAUCACGUCUCCCCUCACGCCUCUUCCACCACUUCCCCGCCCGUCGCUCCUCUUCCUCUUCCUCGCCACCACCCUCGCCUUCAAAUGACACCCGCACCGACUUGCCUCCAGACGCAACCCUGUCCCAGCGACUAAAACACCUUAUAAAAGCUUAUGGCUGGUACGCUCUGGGAGUGUACCUCAUCCUUUCUACCUUGGACUUUGGUGUCGCUUUCGUUGGCAUCAACCUCCUAGGCGCGGAGCAUGUCGCUCGCUUGACAACCACCGUCAAAGAGCUUGUUGCGGGGCUGCUGCACUCUAAGCCACCGGAACCUGGCAGAGACGAGAUCGAGAGUCCAAGUGGUGGCGGUAAUGGCCACGAGGGUCUGUAUGCGAUGCUCGUGCUGGCUUACACCGUUCACAAGACGCUGUUCUUGCCCGUUAGAGUGGGUCUCACGGCGGCGUUCACGCCUAGACUGGUCGGUUGGCUGAGACGGCGUGGGUGGGCAGGGGGCGAGGGAACCAAGAGGGCAGCUAGGGAGAUGAGAGAUAGAAUGAGGAAACCUCGCGAGUAGAUGGACCGGUAUAACCAUUUUCGAAAUCAACAUCACCCCACUCUUUUUUUCAGUACGUCUCAUCUCUUAUUUAUCUACCAUUAUCAUGUCCGUUUGAUGUUUACAUAAAAUACAAGUUUCAUAGACCAUUUCAUAGGCACAACUAUUGUACAGCUAUCCAAGUUGACGUUCAUAAUGGGGAACAUCGUUGUAUUAUACAAGAUUGGGUUUUGAGACUGAGCGCUUGUGGGUUUAAGCGGAUGCUGGUGCAAAUUGAUCUCCUGCAAUGAUUCCUUUGUUCACGAGAUCUUCGGGCUUGGAGCGCUGCUGCAACGCCUGAGAGAUUUUGUCCUCUAACUGAGACCUUUGAAGCCUCUCCUUUGCGGCUGCGAGGGCAGGCGCAACGUUGUCCUCUUUGAGGAUGUUACGAUCCACCAACUCUUCUUUCUCUGGCCUGUUACUGAGACGUCUCUCGAGCGCCUUCAUGGUCUGUUCAUCAAGAGUGGACUGACGACGGUGGGGGGUUUGUCUCUCGCUCAUGUUGGAUGUGGAUCAAGUUGUGCGGUGGAUUGAAUCAGUGGAUCAGGGAGAUGGCUGUCACGGUGUUGUGUUUCUGGUCAGCCUCA